ACAGGUGUAUCAACGCAUGCUUUUCGCACAAUAUAAUGGCUGGUAUAUUAUUGAAUCCGUUCGUAGCGGCGGCGUACGUCCCGACACUCAUUUUCCUAACGUACUAGAUGGUUGUUACAGUUAUUCACCGCGUCGUUGUAUGACCGGGCUCAAGAAAUUUGUUGCCAUCCCUAGAAUUUCAUGUGACCGCCGUACGUUCCCGCUACGAACGGAUUCAAUAAUACCAGCCAAUAACUCACUGAAAGAGUUAACAUGGGAUGUGCAAAGUGUAUAAUAACAUUUAAGAUUUUUAAAACCAUUGUGAUAACCGUGACUUGGUCUGGUGCAGUGGGAAAUGAUGGCUUCUUAAAAGAAGUAAACGUUAGCUAAAAAGUUCAAAAACAAUAUGAAAAACCACUAUGAAAGCUGUUUUGUGAGUGUUUUUUAAAUACAGGAUCCUAUGCAUAACCGCGCGGCUACACGAGGUGAAUUAUACAGCGAAAUAAACUAUUUGACAGGCGAAAUAUCUGAUGGAUAAAGCAUCACAGCAACCAGCUGAUGUGCAAUGUAAACAAAUAACGUGCACAAAAUCGUAAUUAAAUCCAUUAAAUAACUUCAAUAUCGAGUACUUCGUCAAUUUUCAGUCAACAGUUCAUAAUUUCUUCUAAUUAGGGAAUGUUCUGCUUAAGAAUAUAUUAUUUUUAAUAGAAUUUCAAAAGCGGAUGUUGUGUCUCCCCCAACCCUUUAGCUGUACCUGUCAGAUAUUUCACCUGUCGAAUAGUUCAUUUCGCUGUAUAUUUCACCUCGGGUAGCCGCGCGGUAAGAGUUCAAAAUUCCACUUUUAAACGUCCUCAGAUAAUGCGAAAUCUUAUCUGAGACAUUGCGUUCCGCACAACAUGAUAGAUGUUAUCAUUGAACACGUUCGUAGCGGCGGCGUACGUCCCGACACUCAUUUUCACAAACACACACUUUUUUAUGACUACUAGAUGGUUGCUAUAGUACUUUACCGCGGCGUUGUAGGAGCGGCCACACGAAAUGUGUUGCGCCAUCCUUAGAUUCAAACGGAUUCAAUGAUACCAGCUUAAUGAUACCAGCGCGGCACCUCUGGUGAUGUACCAAUUGUUGAUUUACAGGGUUUACCUACCUAAUAAGUUAAACAACAUGCAAAAUACGUAUUUUUAAACUGCUUCAUGGAUCAAACACACCGGAGCGACCGAUUUGACACCUUCAAGAGUAGGACGCUUUCAUUCUGUACUAUGCCCGAUUCAUACUUCACAAGGCUCGAAUAGAAAUGACAGUGCCCAAUUGAGGGUUUAUGUUGCCCGAAAAAGUAUUUACGGCGACCGAUAACGCUUUGACGAUGCCGGAUUGGCUAGGUAAACCCUGUAUUACCAACCGAGCGAGUUUACUUAUUUGCAUUGAAUGAGUUAAAAUUAACGCAAAGUUUAUGGAAUCUGUUUGUUAUCUGUCAACUCUUUACUUAAUACUCGUGUAAUGAAAAUAAUCCGUGAAUAUGAUUAUUAUUUAGUGAAGUUAAUCACUCAGGUAACGUGAGUUAAUUUAGUGAGUACAUGAGUUGGAUUUGAGAGUGGCAGAAAGGAAAUGCAAAAAAAAACUGACCGUGCGUCUUCAGAACCGUUGGAAUAUUCAGAAUCUUCUAGAAUCGUCGGAAUCGCUCGGAAUCAUCGGAAUUGUUUGGCCUGAACAGAUAACUUGAUCAAUGCUUCCAAAUCACAGAGCGUACAACAAGCACCGCUGAUACGCGCCACUGAUACGUCGACAAUUGAGUUCGCAGACAGCAGCAAAUGGUUGAACGUAGUUACAGGGAUAAAAAGGAAUUGUAUCACAAUCAGAUUAUUAGAUAAAGCAAUUGAUAAAAUAGUUUUAACGCAAUCUGCCCAUAGGGGAUAACACUUAACACGACAAAAUAACACGAUAACGUUAGGAAAGUGCACUAGUAGACGCAUGGCAUCUGCUGCAGUAAGUUGCAUUUGUAGAGAAAUAGCUGAAUAUCGUGUUACACACGUCGUACCAGAGGAAUGUCUUAAUUAUGAGGUAAACCGACUACGAACAUUCUUUCCGUUGUGGACAGUUCCUUACAUCUACCCAGAGGAACUAGCUCGUUGGGGCUUCUUCUACACCGGGCACCGUGAUUGUGUGCGCUGCUACUUUUGCCGCAUCGAGCUUGGAGGAUGGGACGAGCACGACGUCGUGAUAGAGGAACACUUGAAAUGGUCACCCCACUGCAGACUGAUGACCAAACGGCCAACAAACAAUGUGCCUAUUGAUCCAGAUUUUCUCGAUCAGUUAGGGGAGAUCGUGCCCGAUACAACGGGCACAGGCAGCACGAUUGCAAGAGAAAUGGCAGCAACAGCAGCGGCGGCAGAAUCGAAUAGGCUCAAUCGCCAGAACGAACUGGAAAGGCAGUCGCAAAGGACGCAAAAUGAUACGAUGCCCUUCUAUAGGCAGAAGUACCCGCAGUACCGAAUAGAGGGCGAUCGGUUAGCGACCUUUAAGGAGUGGCCCAAAUCGAUGCCACAAACACCCGAGCGGAUGGCUGAUGCGGGAUUUUUCUACACCGGCAAGAGUGAUGUGGUGGCGUGCUUUUACUGCGGUGGCAACCUGCGGGACUGGCUGGCCGAGGAUGACCCGUGGGUGGAGCAUGUGAGGAACUUUAGCGAAUGCCCGUACGUGAAGCUAGUGAAGACGCCCGAGUUCAUUGCGGAAUGCCGGGGGGAGAAGAUUACAAACAGUGCGCUCACAGCCGGUCCGGAGCAUUCUGGACAUGGUAAUGUGAGCAAGGAUAAAGAGCAGGACGAAGUGUCGGAUGAAAAGUGUUGCAAAAUUUGUUUCACUCGACCAUUUGAUACGGUUUUCAUGCCGUGCGGACACGUGGUGGCAUGUGGCAGGUGUGCCGCCACUACUACCAAGUGUCCGAUGUGCAAUGAGCCGUAUACCAGCGUUCAGCGUAUAUAUUUUUCGUAAUUUCCCCCUUAACAACGGGUAGCAACGUUCUCAUCAAUCGUAUAGCAAUCAAGGGCGUGACACUUGACGUAUCGUAAAAGUACGUUACUAUCUGAAGAUAAGUUGCAAACCCAUGUAAGCCUUGGCGUUAUUUGCAGUCUCUCUAAUCUCGAAUGUAAGAUAAGAUUCCGUGAGGCUCUAUUUUGUCAUAAAUCGAUUGCGCUGGUUGACUCGACGCACUGAAACACUUUGUCGUUUUGCCGCUAAGGUUGACUAAAGCAAUACAUCCGUGACAAAAAUGGGGCAGCACAUCACAAAUCUAUCCUAUGUCGAGACUUGAGCGGGAACUGCCCUAAACGGAAUGCCUUGAAGUAGUGUUGAAUUGUGGAGCAAGGAACAAUCUGAGCCAUAAAGUCUUAUGGCAGUAUGUUCGCAUACCACCCAUUACUACUUUAAUGCAUUCGCGAUGACUACAGGGGUUUGCAACGCAACCCACGAUCGGGAGCAAAUUUUACGAUUCGUUGUGUGUGAAUUCUAAGAUUGCGAACCUGAUAUAUGAAAACGUUGUCUAUGCCCGGGACUGUGGAACAUGAAUCCAAUAUUUUGGAACAUGAGUCGUUUCCUCUUCGGAGGUCAGUAACUAAUGCUAACAUCAUUAUUCAACGCUCGCGAGAUGUUUUUCAGCAGCACAGCUGCUAUUGCACUGCAAAACCAUCUCGCGAUCGCUGAACAUUUGCUGUUAACAUUCCGUAAAACAGUGUAAAAGAUACUUACAUAUUUCGAUCAACUACCAGUUACUCUGAAGAUCGAAGCUUCGUGUGUGACACAGUUGAUAUCUACAUCUUUAUAUGAGAACAGGUUAGAGAGACUGGAUAUUUUUAAAACUCAUCCUAAAUAUAUGACAACUGUACAGUGGGGACAUCUGACCCAAAUGCACUCCGCUAUCACCAUCGCCACCAUCAACAAUCCGGAAACUUCCUAGAAGUGCGUGCAAAGCACGGUUGUAUUUUAUAAAAAUCAUUGGCAAAUGUGUUCUAUCAGCACAUUCAGUUUGUGAAUAAAAAAUAAUCAUGUAGGUAUGCA